UGAACCUGUCAGGUUGGGCAGAGCUGCAAAGCGCUUGCGGACUACCACAGAUCUCCACAACAUCCUCUUUGCAUGCACCAGCUGCACUAACACGAAUCUCCAUAAUAUGCAUGUGUCCCAUCCAGAGCAGCCCACAUUCCUUUAAACGGAGGGCUGCCAGAGGGGCGUGCACGCUCAGAGGCUGUCUCUUCACACCAGCAGGGACACCACCACCGAGAGAGAGAGAGAGACAGAGAGAGAUUCACCAUGGCCUCAGCACUGAAUUACUGCACACCAUUCAUGUUGUGUUUUAUUUAUUUGUCGUUACUGUUUGCGAGUGUGUUGUGCGACGCCGACGCAGAAGACGAGCACGCCAAACACACGUACACGGUGGAGAUGUUCAACGAGGCGGUGCCCACUGCGCCCCACUUUGUCAUGUUUUUCGCCCCGUGGUGCGGCCAUUGCCAGAGGUUACAGCCGGCAUGGAAUGAACUGGCAGACAAAUACAACAGCAUGGACGAGCCCCCGGCGUAUGUGGUAAAAGUAGACUGCGUCCAGGACACCAAGUUCUGCUCCAGUGUCCAUGGAGUCAGGGGCUACCCCACGUUGAAGUUGUUCAGGCCAGACCAGGAGCCAGUUAAGUACCAGGGGCCCAGAGAUCUACAGUCUCUGGAGACCUGGAUGCUGAAGACACUCCAGGAGGAUCCUUCUGAGCCAGAGACUGAGCUGGAGCCUCCUAAAGCCCCAGAACCCAAACAGGGAAUGUAUGAGCUCACCGGUCUCAACUUUAAGGCCCACAUAGCCAAAGGUGCCCAUUUUGUUAAGUUCUUUGCUCCAUGGUGCGGUCACUGCAAAGCCAUGGCCCCCACCUGGGAGCAGCUGGCCACCACUUUCGAGCACUCUGAAGAUGUCAAGAUAGGAAAGGUGGACUGUACACAGCACUACGAGGUGUGCUCUGAGAACGGCGUGCGGGGAUAUCCCACACUGCUCUUCUUCUACAACGGACAGAAGACAGACCAGUACAAAGGCAAAAGAGACCUGGACUCUUUCAAAGACUUUGUGGACAACCAGCUGAAGGCUGCCGUCGCCGAGGAGAAAGAGGAAGAUCCGAGCGAGGAACAAAAAGGAAAUGAGAUCCCCACCGACGAGCCAGCCAAAGAGGAGGUCAAGUCCAGCGUGUUGACCCUGACCGAGAACAACUUUGAUGAGACAGUAGCCAAGGGCUUCACCUUCAUCAAAUUCUACGCUCCAUGGUGUGGCCACUGUAAGAACCUCGCUCCGACAUGGGAGGAUCUUGCCAAAAAGGAGUUCCCCGGCCUCACUGACGUCAAGAUAGCCAAAGUGGACUGCACUGUCGAGCGCACACUCUGCAACAAGUACUCUGUUCAAGGUUACCCCACCUUGAUGAUCUUCAGGGCGGGGGCGCAGGGUGACGAGCAUAAUGGCGGGCGCGACCUGGAGAGCCUGCACAGCUUCGUGAUGAGGCAGGCGAGAGAUGAGCUGUAGAAACAGUCACAUCAGCAUUCAACUCUUCACCACUCUGCUCGCCCACACUGCAUAACCGGCCAGUAGGACGCUCUCUUUCCUACAACAGGCAAACCUCUCUCUAUCUCUCUCUCACUCUCUCUCCACUUGGGUUCUCUUCAAAAAGGAGUCAGCCAAUGACAGACUGAUGCAGUCUGCUCUCUCUUUCUCUCUUCAAGGACAGAAUGAGUCAGAGUGUUUUUGGAUGUGAAUGUAUUUCUCAUUGCCGUAGCCCAACCUUCAGUCUCCCAGCACGGAGAAACCCAUCGUAGUGGUAGGGUCUACAAACAAAGUAAUAUGUCUGACAACCACUUUGCAAGCACUGCUCCAUCAAUCAGAAGCAGAAUUCCUUUUGUUUAUUAAAGGGGUAGCACUUCAGGACAGACGUCCCAGUUUCUGCCUGUUAAAGAAAAUCAAUUGUUUCUGAUGAACUUCUGUAGCCGUUUGACUUUUUUAAAAAGCUACAUUUUAUACAUGGGAUCUGUUGUUAAAUCAUAAGCCAUUAAUGUUACGGUACUGUCAUUGUAAAGUUUGUGUUGCCCAAAUGUGAAGUGGAGUGUUAAGUUGAGGGUACUUUCUAUCCAUGCCAGUGAUGGCCUAUCUGACUUAACUCUCAGGGAAACGCCCACGCAGACUAGAAGAAGUUGUGAUGGAGACAUCUAUGUUAUCACAGGAGUCUGAUAAUGGCACAUGGACAUGACUGUUUUCUUAUCAUGGUGAGGGAUUUUAGCUUUUGGGAACCACAUUAAUCAAACGGGCUUGUUUAAAAAGAUCUCAGUUGUGCAUCUUAACUAUUUUCUGACUCCUGUGAUUUCAAUACGCCAUCCGGCUCUUCUACUCCUAGCAUUCAGGAUCUCAGGCCUGGACCAUGUUGCUCCAUAUCUCCAUUACUGAACAUCUACAGUGAAUACUGCUUCACUGUUUUCUAGCAGAUGCGGUGUGGUCUGAAAUCCCGGCUCUUCAUUUUAUCCUCAAUUGUAGUCUCAGUGUUUGUGCUAUAUCUCAGGCCAGGCUCACGUUCAAAGGAUUCAGUAACAUGUGAGUGGACAUUUGGAGCCAGUGUUGAGGGUAAAACAUGCCGUGUAUGUUUUAGAAUCUUUCUAAGGUUGUGGCACUGAUUCAUUCACAACUCUGUUCUCCUGGUUGGCACGUUCACUGCAGCUCAGGGUCAGGUGGCUUAGCUGGCAUCAUAUCACCUCUGCCUAUUCUUACUGUAGUGAUUGAACCAACUGCGUCUUGGGUCUGUAGAAUUAUCUUUUCCUGUUCCCAAAUAUGGGAGGUCCGUAUUUUCAAAUAGUGGAAAACCAUGCUGUGAAACCAACAAGAAACUAUGGACUGAAUAGAUGGGUAUGUUUUCAGCCACAUGGAUAGCGGAGUCAUCUGGUUGUUUGAUCUGGAAAAAGUAGCACUGUUUACUAAACUAUAUUUCGCUGAUGUCUUGUUUUAAUUUCCUGCUUCGAUUAUAAUCACUGGUGAGGUGAAUCAUUCAAACUGAAAUCUUCUUUUGUCUGCUGUAUCAUAUCAACCACCAUCCCACACAUUCACCAGUCAAAGGCCAAGAAAACAACCAGCCACAGGCCUGGGUUUAAAAGCAUUUGCAGUCUUGCCAAUAAAAGUUUGUCUUCUCUGUGACUUCACCCUCGUGUUCACCCUUUACACUGCAAAUGCUCUUUGACCCAGGUUAUGUGUGAAGUAUGUGCUACAAGAUGCAGGGCACCAUUUAUUGUCUAACCCAGGUACACAAACAGUCAGAGACACGCAGUUUUUUUUUUGUCAGUAAAAGUUUUUAUGGAUAGCACAUGGUCUAAGGAACUCCAGUGACAGAAGUAUUUUUCCUUGUGAGUCAUGGGUUGUGACUACCCAUGGUUUUUGUACAAAAAAAAAGAGUGAAUAAUGGCAAGUUGUAACAUGAGAUUUCAUAAUAAAAAAAAUUUCAAAAAUAA